UGACCUUGUAGUGAAGUCUGGUGGUUGUUCUGAAAUAUUUCGGUACCUAAUGACAGUCAACGAAGUCAAGGGGAAGUCUAAAGAGGAUGCUGCUGAUAAAAAGAAUCAAAAGCCUUCUGAAAAGGUAGAUGUAGCAAUGUUAGAGGAAGAUGACGACUUUGAAGAGUUCCCAGCACAUGCAUGCACUGGUGUUCGUGCUUUUGAAGAAGCUACAGUUUGGGAAGAUAACUGGGACGACGAUAUUGUGGAUGAUGAGUUUACUCACCACUUGAGAGCUGAGUUCCAGAAACAGGGGAAGGCAUUCGUCGUGCCAGAAAUCUCGGCUAAUUUAGAUUAAUUUGUCAAGCAGUUUUGAUGUUUAAAAAAAGUUCUCACAUGGAA